AUGGCUUCGACCGCGCUCAUCGACGCCGACAUGGCGCCUACGCUCCAGUCCAUCCUCGAUCAGAAGACGCUCCGGUGGAUAUUCGUCGGCGGAAAGGGUGGUGUAGGAAAAACGACGACAUCGUGCUCCCUCGCCAUUCAGCUCGCAAAGCACCGCAAGUCGGUUCUCCUCAUCUCGACCGACCCCGCCCACAACCUCUCGGAUGCCUUCAACCAGAAGUUCGGCAAGGACGCGCGCCUCGUCAACGGCUUCGACAAUCUCAGCGCCAUGGAAAUUGACCCCAACGGCAGUAUACAGGACUUGCUAGCAAGCGGAGCGGAGGAGGGCCAAGACCCCAUGGCGGGCCUGGGUGGCAUGGGCAGCAUGAUGCAAGAUCUGGCCUUUAGCAUUCCCGGCGUGGACGAAGCCAUGUCCUUUGCCGAAGUGCUCAAGCAAGUCAAGUCCAUGUCCUACGAAGUCAUCAUCUUCGAUACGGCGCCCACGGGCCACACGCUACGCUUCCUCCAAUUUCCCACCGUCAUGGAAAAGGCUCUCUCCAAAGUGUCGCAACUCUCGCGCCAAUUCGGGCCCAUGCUCAACUCUUUCCUCGGUGCGUCCGGCAGACUGCCCAACGGACAAAACAUGGACGAGCUGGUGGAGAAGAUGGAGAACCUGCGCGAGACCAUUGGGGAAGUCAAUGGCCAGUUCAAGGACGCCGACCUCACCACCUUUGUGUGUGUCUGCAUCCCCGAGUUCUUGAGUCUGUACGAGACGGAGAGAAUGAUCCAGGAGCUCAACAGCUACGAGAUCGACACGCACUCCAUUGUCGUGAACCAGCUGCUGUUCCCCAAGGAAGACAACCCCUGCGAGCAGUGCAAUGCGCGACGGAAGAUGCAGAAGAAGUACCUCGAUCAGAUUGAAGAGCUCUACGACGAGUUCAACGUGGUCAAGAUGCCGCUAUUGGUCGAGGAGGUGCGCGGCAAGGAGAAGCUCGAGAAAUUCAGUGAGAUGCUCGUCAAACCCUUCGUCCCACCGCAGUAG